AAGCCAAAGUUACGUAGCGAUAAUUUUAGAUUUUUGUGUAGGUCGGGGUAGCCAUCAAAGUGAUUACGUACGAUUGUGUCCAACAGUUACGUUUCUGUGCUCUUCUGAUUAUUUGUGAUUUGUGAUCGUCGAGUGAUAGUUACGAUGGUGAGAAAAAAUGUGGUUCUUUGUGUGGGGGCGAAAGGUUUGUUUGGCCGCGAUUAAGUGGAUUCAAAACCAAGGUGUGAAUAUAAUGGCUUACAAGUAUCGAGAGGAGAUAGUUGGAAAACGUUUUCUGUCAGUGAGUGGUUUUACGAAGCUGAAAUUGGGUAAAAUCAGCGAGUGGGGCUGGAGGGCGGGAGUAAUACGUGCUUCUAGUCACAAGGACAACACGCAUCCUGAUCUUCAGGUAAUUAGAGAACAUUUGGUGUGCUGGGUGUGGGAACAACGAGCGUGGUUACUCUAUAUAAAUAAAAUAUCUCGUGUUCCAUUGGAACCCGAAUAUGUAGUAGUAGUUCUCUACGACUACUACGACUUCCGAGUUAUGGCUAAUGGUAAAAGGGGUUACAACGUAGUUUCAUGGCCUGUGUGA